AUGACGUCCGAUUGGUUUAAGAAUAUCCAGCGGUCGACAAAAUACGCCGAACACAGACAGACGAGCGAAUUUGCGAGCGAAUGGAUCAAUAAUACCGGCGUAAAUAAUUGGGUGUUUCUGAAGAAAGCACUAUGUAGAUUAACAGCAAGUCGUCUGAGUGAAUCCCAGUCUAUAGAUGAUAUCUGUUCGUGUUCAACACUACACAGUUUACGUGCUGGUAAAGCUCAAGCUACUCUAUCAAGAUCUACAUUAUUUCAUACUGGUGAUGAUAGUAAUAGAUUGAUAAUAUGUGGUGCUGGUAAUAAUGGUAAUGAUGAAUCUACUGCUACUGUUCAAACGUGGGAUGGUUUAACUGGUCAACAACUACAGAAGUUACCAUGUGGUGGUGUUCCUUUAGACAUGUUACCAAUUAAUAUUAAUAAUACUAAACAUCUAGCAGUAUUACUAAAUACUCAACUUAAAAUAUACCGAUGGCAAUGA